AUGGCCAUUGUCGACCCGGCGACCAAGCAAUCUGCAUCUUACAUCCGUCCCAGUAGCUGGGCAGAUGGUCUCCGAGGAAUUGCCGCUCUUUUUGUGGUCGCUAGCCAUACCUGUCUCUCCUUUGCGACAUAUCUGGUCCCGCCAUCUUUCGCGGAAACAGGAAAGUCUAUUUUGUUUCAGCGACCAUUCUUUAGACUGGUCAUACAGGGCCAGGCCUGGGUGGCCAUCUUCCUAGUGCUCCUCGGGUUCGUUAAUUCCCUAAAACCGCUCCAGCUAGCCCGACGAGGAGCUACGGCCGAUGCUCUCGCUACGCUUUCGACAGGCGCCUUCCGGCGCAAGUGGAGACUGGUCUUCCCUGCUACCCUGGUGACAAUUUUAGCCUGGCUCUUAUGUCAGUUUGGUGUCUUCCAAUUGGGUAGAAGGGUAGAUGCAUACUGGCUCAGAGCGACAAGCCCUCAACCAAGCCCAUCUUUGGGUGCUGCCGUCGUGGAUCUGAUGCGACAAAUAGUGGGAACUUGGCUGUACGGAGAAAAUGCCUACGACCAACCCCAAUGGGCACUACUACCCAUUUUUCGUGGCUCACUCUAUGUGUUCAUGACCCUACUGGCUUUGGUAAAUACCACGCCACUUUUCCGCGUCUGUGCGCAAAUGGUCCUAUACGCCUAUAGCUGGGCAACGCUAGAUGGUACUGUUGGUACAAAUAUUUUCGCUGGCAUGAUACUAGCAGAACUAUCAUUCUACAACCUGACAGCCCUCCAGCCACGCCUAAUCUUCAAAGUCCUACCCUACGGCCUCGUCACCUUGGGCCUCUACAUCUGCUCGUAUCCCGAUGAAUACGCCGACCAAACCGCAUGGUCUUCCCAGCUUGCAUCGCUUGCCGAAAUCAUAUUCCCAAAAGAUGCCAACGUCAGCCGCUACUACGCCGGUCUUGGGGCCCAGAUGAUAUGUUUUGGCGCGAUGCUUUCUCCCUUCAUGCGACGGAUGCUCUCCCACCCCGUGCUGCUGUGGGUGGGGUCGAUCAGCUUCCCGUUAUAUCUCGUCCACGGACCGCUAAUGCGAUCUGUUUUGGUUUAUCUUCUGUAUCUGCCCAUGUCAAUUGGCUUUGAGCCGGCUUUAAGGGCAGAUGGAACACCUGACCCGGAAUCUUAUAUUCCAACGCCGAGCCCAUUCCGACUUGGGGUUAUUUUGAUUAUGUUUUUUGUGUUCUUGCUCUAUGUUGUCCAGCAGUGGACGAAACAUAUAGAACCGAAGAUGGGUGCACUUACAGCUGACCUUGAGAGAUUCUCCCGUUCAUGGGGUAAGAAUGGGGUGUGGACUUCAAAAGAGAAGGACGAGAUGCUGCCUAUUGCGUCCGUUCGGGAGUUAAAUAUAUAG